CAUGAAUAAUUGCUAAUCAGUAGUCCACUAUCGACGCGAGCUGGUCGUCAAUCAAUCAUCUGUGAAAUUAUCCCAUAAGUUAUCGAAUGGCACUUACACCUUUCACCGGUUUAGAUACGAUGCUGGAUCCGUUUGAGUCGUCUGAUCCGUUCGACGUUUUUGAACCAUUCGAAUCGUUUGAACCGCUGCAAACGUACGAACCGUUGUACGAGCCUUACAGGUACACCAGGUAUCGUCAUCACGUGAGACGGUCAAGACGGCGAACGGUAAGGACAACGGUGCGCCGUAUGGAUCGUGAACUCGGGAAAUUGGUAUCGGCUAUCAAGGAAGAUGAUAAAUCAUUUCAGGUUAUGGUGGAUGUCACGGACUUUGAGCCAAACGAAAUCACUGUGAAAACCACCGAUAAAGACAUCAUCGUUCAUGCCAAACAUGAUGAGCGCAAAGAUCCAAAUGGAAGUAUUUCGCGGGAGUUCCGCCGUCGGAUUACGAUUCCCUCCGGUGUCAAACAGGAGUCCAUUACGUCCACAAUGUCGCCUGAAGGCCUCUUGACUAUUAUGGCUCCAAAAACGACUUCAGAAGGUUCCAAUGAGCGAGUUAUUCCAAUUACAAUGGCACCUGUAGCGGGAGCCAUCAAUCCACCACCAGCUCAAGGAAAAUAGAUUGCAGUAAAUCUAUCAAUUC